GAAGCUUACGAUGCUUCUGUAGCAGCAAUUGGGAUAAGUGAGGCCACUCUUGCAGCUGGGGGUUUGUGGCCAUAUGUCCCCCGUGACGAUCGUGAUUCAGACCAGAGCUCGUUUGAGCUCACACCUUCGUCCCUGCUCCUUAAACGAAGCAUUCCACUCCAUGGGUACAUCACACUAGGGCAGAAACAUGGCAGGCCUCGCUUGGGGGAUCAGAACGAAGUCUACGCUAAAGAAGAGUACGACUUCCCAUCCACGGAGCCCCUCCUUACUCUUAUGUUGGGUAACAGCUCUUAUUCGGAUGCGGAAACGACACGUCUCAUCGUUGGGUCAUCAUUGAUCGCUGCUGCGAACCCGUGAGGCCAAUUCCCAUACGUCCGAACUCACGGAUAUCAUAGGUACAUAGGUCAAACACCAUGAAUUCAAUGGUAAUAUUAGGAAGUGUGGCAUUUAACUUCGCAGUAAUUUGCCGUGAUCAAAAAAUCUCAAAAACCAGGCUAAAAUGGUUUUUUUUUUUACUAUGCUUUAUUUCCCACAGUGGCCUGGUCGCAAUGCACCCUAUGACUGGGAAUAUGCACCUCAAGCGGGUUUCCCUCCCCCAUGGCCGAUCAUACUUCCUCUUCUCUUGCCCACAUAUUGUUUGAGGAUUGUGGCAGUAAAGCGGAUAAGAAAGAAGGUCACUGCGCUUAGGAUCAACACUUGCGUGAGAAACCACGUUCGUCCGGAGGACACAACCUGAGGAUACAGAAAAGGCUGCCGCAACAACAGUUACGAUUAGAAACAGUGCCUCACAAUGCGGCAGGCAUGAAACAAUUGUCGGAAUUUUUUCGCCUAUAUAGCUUCUUCCCUUAGGAGUGCUUGGGCAAGAGUCCGCAAGUCCCACGGACGCUUAUCGGACCGAGGGUAUCUCUAUGGGUAGUCGAUAUGAUUUCGAUGUUGCCUUACUUAAAAAUAUUAGAACUCC